GAGUGGGUAGCAACAGUUGCCCGGGUGAGGACGAAGCGCCAUAGCCACGGUAGUCGUGGUGACAAGAACCCAGCAACGAGAAUCAACAACAACAACAAACCGAUUCAUUGACAAAAAGCGUAUUAAAUCCAAAGUACCGCUGGAAAAGUCACUCGGAAUAAGAGUCCAAUGGCAACUCCAGCGUAUGUGAGGGAGCUGCAGCAGACCUCCCAGCCUCAGGGAGGCGGUGUGACUCCCACAUCAGGCCAGGCUGCCACCGUGACGGCAGCUCCCCAACAAUUCCUGGCUGAACUUCAGACUACAGGGGUCACGCCUUCAGCGGCCCCGCCCACCGGCCAGACCACACCCCCUCCCUCACAAACACAGAAGAGCCAGGCAAUCGCCCAGGCACCGCCCACACAAGCCCCGCCCACUCAGACUCAAUAUGUCACAGCUGAGAUUCAGAGCUCACCUACGCAGUCCAGCAGUCAGAAUACACCACAGUACAUCGUUGUCACAGUUACAGAGGGUUCUCUUCAUUCCAGUGACUCUGUGUCAGAUUCUAGUCCUCCUGCUGCUGUAGUCCAGACUGGAGUUCCUACACAGGUGGUGCAGCAGGUGCAGACCGCCCAACAGAGGUCAGUAGUGCAAGCCACAUCUCAGACAACGAAAACAGAGCCGGGCACCCAGCUGAAUGUCACCAGCCUACAAUCGGUGCACCUGACACAGGAGGUACAGCAGCAGCUCCAACAGGUGCCAGUCCAGCAUGUGUAUACUAACCAGGUGCAGUAUGUGGAAGGAGGAGAUGCUACCUACACCACCAGCACCAUUCGUUCCAGCAGUUUCCCGUACACAGAGACCCCUCUGUACACCCAGACCACUGCUGGACAGUACUAUGAGACCACCCCUGCCUCUGGUUCUGAGGCCACGUCCCCCGGCACCCCUCUCACUGUCUCCGUGACCACAGGAUCCCCCGGGGUAUCCAUGUUUGUGGCGGGGACGGGGCAGAUCGUGGCCAAUCCCACGACGGCGGCAGGGGGCGGAGUCACAGCUGUAGUGGCAGCCACUGGGACGGCGUCGAACGGUUCUGGAGAUUCCGGAGGCGAGGCUAACGGUAGCAGCGGGAGCUAUGUGAUUCCGGGAGGCUACAUGCUGGCUGGCAGCGGGACCGGCAGCAGCGGAAACGGUCACGGUUAUCCGCACCCCACUCGUGCCUCUCCAGCCACUCUGUCCUCUGGCCCUCAGGUGCAGUGGUUGUUGGAUAAUUAUGAGACAGUGGAAGGGGUGAGUUUGCCCCGGUCUACUCUCUACUGCCACUACCUGCUGCACUGUCAGGAGCAAAAGCUGGAACCCGUCAACGCGGCGUCCUUCGGGAAACUCAUCCGCUCGGUGUUCAUGGGGUUGAGGACCAGACGCCUGGGCACACGAGGGAAUUCCAAAUAUCACUACUAUGGACUGCGGAUCAAAGCGAACUCAUCUCUGCUCCGUCUGAUGGAGGACCAGCAACACCUGGCCAUGAGGCAGCAGCCCUUCUCCCAGAAACAGAGGCUGAAGCCGGUACAGAAGGUGGAGGGAAUCACUAACGGAAUGUCGUCAGGAUCCGGACAGCAGCAGCAGCAGAGCUCGGGUCUGUCGGACAUCAGCACCCAGGUCCAGCAGUACCAGCAGUUUCUAGAUGCGUCCCGAGCUCUCCCGGAAUUCCCUGAUGUUGACCUGCAGGGUAGAGCUUUACCAGAGGGCAUUGAGCUGGAACAUCUUAAAAGCUUUCAGUUGCUCUACAGAGAACACUGCGAAGCCAUUCUGGAUGUGAUGGUCAACCUUCAGUUCCCUUUGGUAGAGACUCUUUGGAAAACGUUUUGGAGGUUCAGUGAAAGUCAGGCAAGAGACUCAGCAACACUAGCUGUGCAUGACGAGUCUGAGAAGAGGCUGCCCAAGUCAUGUUUGGUGCUGCUCUGUAAAUAUGAUCCAGUGCUUCGCUGGAGUCGUGACUGCGACAACACACUGUACCAGGGCCUGGUGGAGAUGCUCAUCCCAGACGUUCUGAGACCUAUUCCCAGUGCCUUAACACAAGCCAUCCGAAACUUUGCGAAAAGUCUUGAGAGCUGGCUGACUAAUGCCAUGAUGAACAUUCCUGAAGAGAUGGUUCGUGUGAAGGUGACGUCUGCAAGUGCGUUUGCUCAGACCCUGCGCAGAUACACCUCUCUAAACCACCUGGCCCAAGCAGCUCGUGCCGUACUACAAAACACGGCACAGAUCAACCAGAUGCUCAGCGACCUCAACAGAGUGGAUUUUGCCAAUGUGCAGUUCAUUCUAGGAUUUGUUGCUGCAGCUAAACUCUUCCUGCUGAAAUGGAGUUUUUACAGCUCUAUGGUGAUCCGAGACCUGACUCUCCGCAGUGCUGCAAGCUUCGGCUCAUUUCACCUAAUCCGCCUGCUUUAUGAUGAGUACAUGUACUAUCUGAUAGAGCACAGAGUUGCCCAGGCCAAGGGUGAAACUCCCAUUGCUGUCAUGGGAGAGUUUGCAAGUCUUGGUCGAAGUUUGAACCCGCUUGAUCCUGAUAAAGAAGAGGAAGAGGAGGAGGAGGAAGACAGCGACGAUGAGUGUCAGGAGUUGUCUCUGCAGUCUGAUGGGGGCGCUAUCGGGGACGAAUCUCUAGAACCGCCCGCUAAGCUGGCUCGAACCGACCAGAGGGUGCUGUUCACCACAGGAAGCAUGGAUAACUAAGAACUUGAAUACACACAUGCACCUACAAGCACACGCUCCACAUAACACUCGCCCAUCAUUCCUGCACUUAAACCAACACAUGCAUCUAAAAAACAGAAAUGCUGCAGCUGCAUAUUUACACAACAUUUCAGAUGUUCGUAUGUACAUUUCCAUGCCCGUCGACGUCUCAAAUGCACAUAUACACAAGCAUUCACUGAAACACAGAGACACAGAUAGUGCCACCCUCACACACUCAUAACAUGAGCACCAUCACCGAUCAUAUCAAGAUCUUAGACAGGGUGUAGAGGUCACUAACAAUAGCUCUCGAAUCUAAACCUGAUUCUGUCUCUAUUAGCUGUUAAGACGCAAGAACACAAAUGAAACCUGCUGCAACUGGAUCCUAAGAGUCGUUCGCGAUAGACUGAACUCUGAUUGGCUACUGAAACCUGAAUGAAACUGUCAGUCAAGCUUUUUUUUAACCUGAAAUGGUUGUUAGGGAGAAAAGAUGGACUGUAAGUGUGCGUGUUGUGUGUUGAUGUAUACUUUCUGCCUAUCCGUGCGUUGUUCGUGUGAUUGUGAGUGACCCGGGACCUUAUCGUUUUUAUCGGCUAGCGCCAACGCGUGUGUUUUUGUGCAUGAUGUGCGAAUGACCGUCCGUGGUUCUCAAGAAGUGUUGAUAGUUGUUUUCGUCAGUGGUACCUUUUUAAGUUCUUGAUGCCUUCAGUGACUGCCAUGUCAGUAAAUGCGUUAAGCAUAUUACAGCCCGGCUCUUUAAAAACUCAAUUUCCCAUGAGUCUACUGGGUGUAUGUGAUUCAGCUGGGUUGUGUAUUUUUGAUUUUUAGGGCUAGUCUAUACAUACCUCUGCAAAUGACAGCAGUUUGCCAGAAAUGAGAGGAGAGGUCAACUCCCAACAACCCCCUCCCCCCGGUUUUCCUCUCACUUCUUAUUUUUUUAUAUGGUUUUUCGUUUUAUUUGGUUGCACUUUUUCUUCUUGCCAAACGUCGUCCUGAGCUUGGCACAAGACAUUAAAUGUUUCUGUCCUUACAUUCUUUUUUCUAUGGUCACAAAGUGACAAUCUCGAUGUGUACAGCGUUGUCUAACACUGUUUAGUGCAUAUUUGAUGGUUUGCUGUGUGUUUGAGAUUUGGGUCAAGAUCUUUUACUAGAACCCUUCAAACAAACUUGACAUAACUGCCCAUAGUAGCUAGGAAAUGUCAAAGUAGAGAACGAAACGAUCUUUCGGCCAUUUCCUUCUCAAGACUCGUUCAUUUAAUUCUGUUCUUGUGUUGUGGCAUAUUUAAUUAUCAAUUUGAGAGAACUACAGUACAUUAAAACUCUAUAUCCCAUAUCAUUCGACAUAUGUAAACUACGAUUAUUUCUGCUGUAGAUGCUGACUGAUCUCAAACCAGCAUGAUGCUUUUCUUUCCCUCUGAUUCUCUUGAUCGAACCACAGGAAACAUAUCAGAAGAUCUGGAGAUCCUCUCUGUAUGACAGCCAUUUUCAUAACAAAAUGAAUUUCCCUUUUCACUUUUUUGAAGUUGUUUCCAUUUCUUG